CACACAUUUAUACCCAUUUCUAACAGGCCAUGAAGGAAGACAAAGAGGAGGCAGAUAUCAGCCUCCGAGAGCUUCAAAUGAGGCUUGCAGAGUUUGCAAGGGUUAGAGAUUGGGAUCAAUACCAUAGCCCUAGAAACCUCCUCCUUGCACUGGUUGGUGAGGUUGGGGAGCUAGCUGAGAUAUUUCAAUGGAGGGGAGAGGUGGCAAGGGGCUUGCCAAAUUGGGAGAUAUCAGAUAAAGAACACCUUGGAGAAGAAUUAUCAGAUGUUUUAUUGUAUCUCAUAAGACUUGCUGAUAUAUGUGAGGUUAAUCUUGCGGAUGCUGCCACUAAGAAGCUUGUUAAGAAUGCAAUCAAAUAUCCUGCCAAAGUCUUUGUUGAGGACAUCUAAUUUGCUGUGUUUUCUACUGAUUUCAUGACCACCAAGUUUUCGUCCUAAGGCAAAUGUUGUUAAGAAUGCAAUCAAAUAUCCUGCCAAAAUCUUUGUUGAGGACAUCUAAUUUGCUGUGUUUUCUACCGAUUUCAUGACCACCAAGUUUUUGCCCUAAGGCAAUGUAAGUCUGGAAUGUUGGAGCUCAAUUACAGUGGCCAAGGGAAUCUCUCUC